GUGUUGUCGGUUAUCCAAGCACUAGAAGGUCAUGCCCAAGAUUGAUUGGCUGGAAGAAGCGAGGACACAAGACCUAGGGGGCAAAAACGAACAGGAAACUAAGAAUUCAAGGCACUCCAACGGCACGAGCAAUAUACAGGAAGGCAGAGGUUCGGGAGCUGACGGCGCGCGAAUGACAGCGCUACACGCGAUGGAUCGAGUAUGGGAGAACCGGUCCCGCUUAGCGCUGGAGGGUCGAGCUGAGUGGCGUGCAGCUUAUUUCCUCCGGAUGGCACAGGAAAGGGGGAACGCCUUGGGGAAGUCCAACGCAACUGGGAAGACGGUUGAGAAUAUGACCAACGUCGGGCAAGAGUUUUCUUUUUUCCCUUGACGGCCAACCGAGGGUCAUCGCCAAGAUUAUUAAUGAGUCUCGAGCCUUUUGAGGCGCUCGGCGGUCGGCACUCGGUCGCUUCCGUAUCCGGCGGGCUCGUAGCCUCGUAGGCGCCAAAUGGCUCCAUCUCAGUCGGUUCCAGCUAAGGAUUCUAUCUCCGACUCUUCCUACAGUGAUUCUGUGUAAAUUGCUGUCCUUGUAAAGUCAAGCGCUUUGACCUAUGUCCGUGGUUUCUAGGCAUUGA